CCACACCUGCUACCCAAACAGCAGCAGCGACAACAACAACAAGUAACGGCUGCCAGCCCCCGGAAAAUAAGUUGAAAAUAAUGAGCCAGCGCCGUAAUUAGCCCGCGUGCCAGUUUGUCUGUGGGAAGCGAUCUGCACCUCGUCGUAUUCCGCCGUUAAACGUGCCUCGAGAGCGGUCAACAGGGAGCCGGGGAGCUGUAAUUAUUGUCAUCGCAUUACCGAUGAAUAAUAAGUGUUGCCGUUUCGUGCGUGUGAGAAUGCAAGUGUGUGUGUGAGCGAUACACCCACCUUGAGCGACGACAACGACAACAACAACAACAACAACAAUAAAAGCCAGCAAGAAAACAAACAAACGGACGGCCACGGUUACGGUUACGGCUGCGAGAUUACGGUUGCAGAGCUCAUUGACGAAGAGCAGGGUCAGGCCACCAGAGCCGCUGCUGCAUUGCCUUGCCACCGGAAGCCGCAACCGAAGGGUGGUGAAGAGGAAGGCGAAGGGCAAAGAAUUCCAAUCAUCGUUGGCGGGCCGCAACGCCAACUCUAAAAAUAGAAACAAGCAAGAGGGGGGGCAACAAAACUAUUGUCCAUAUCCAUAUCGAAGCAGAAGCAAGAGAAACCCCUGCAAGUAUUAUUCCUCAUUCCGAGAUUAGCCGGCCAGUCAGCCAAGCAACAGAAGCGGCAGCAGCAGCAGCAGUAUUCAUCAGACAAGGAGGAGGAGCAGUCAGGAGUAUUUGGGAGAAUCCCCUCAACAAAUCCAUAUCAGCAGAAGGAGAGUGAGGCAGAGACAACAUGGAGACCGUGGGCGACAGUGUGCCCAAUGGCACAGCUCCGCCCAGGACGACGCUGGACAUUGUCAAGGAGCGGUUCAAGGAGGACGAAGUUAUACUGAGUAUAUUCGAUGCCUAUCAAAUCAUUGGACACGAGUAUACCAACCGUCUGCUGGCGCUAGUCUCCUCGGCUUCUGGCGGCACCUUUGCCAUUAUCGCCUUCUCCUACCUGCGCACACCACCGCUGACCACGGUGAACGAGUUGAUCAUCAACAAGGUGUUUGCCAUCGACAGCAGCUUCCAGAUAAGGCAGGAUUCCAUGGGCUCCAUAAACACACAACAGUUUGACUUGUCAACGGCCGAGGAUGGGCCCUUCAAGUACUAUUACUUUCCCACAGAGAGCUCCAACUACGAGGACUUCCAUGCCAAAAUAACAUCCUGCCAAAGGUCUAUGGCCCAGUACGAUCCGGAGGCGGUGCUGAACUUCAGGUGGCUGAAUGACUACCGUCAGAUCGGUGAGGUCAAGCAGGAGCUGAAGAAGCGGGAGAGCGAGUACAUUGUCUACGAGGAUAUUCACAUCUUCUGCGCCACCUGGAAUGUGAACAAUAAGCCCUGCGGCGAUGGCGAGAAUCCGCUGCGAUCUUGGCUGGGACACACCGCCCAGCCACCCGAUAUCUAUGCCAUUGGCCUGCAGGAGCUCUAUGCACCCGCCAAGGCCAUGGCCUAUGAAAUGGUAAAGACCACCCAGAUGGGGGGCAUCGAGAAGACGUGGAUCGAUAAAAUAAUGGCUAGCCUUCAUCCGGAUGCCAAGUACGAGGUCUUGGGCACACAGCGUCUGGUCGCCACCAUGCUAACGGUGAUUGUGCGCCAGCAAAUCCGACCGCAGAUCACCCGCUGUCGCCUGAAGACGGUAGCUCGCGGCGUGUUCAAUGCUUUGGGCAAUAAGGGCGGCGUGGGCAUAAGCCUGCAGCUGAACGAGGGCAAUCUCUGCUUCAUCAACUCCCAUUUGGCCGCUCACAUGGCCAAUGUGGAGGAGCGAAAUGCGGACUACAAUGCCAUUGUCCAGGGCAUGACCUUUGACGACGGACGCACCAUCAGCGAUCAUGACCACAUUUUCUGGGUGGGCGACUUGAACUAUCGCAUCCAGGAGCCGCCGGGACAGCAGCGACCCGGUCCGAUGAGCGAUGCCCAGACAUACGAGCUGCUAUUGCAGUACGAUCAGCUGCGCCAGGAGAUGCAGCGCGGCAAAUGCUUCGAGGGCUACACCGAGGGCGACAUCAAGUUCCGGCCAACAUACAAAUAUGAUCCGGGGACGGACACUUAUGACAGCAGCGAGAAGCAACGGGCGCCGGCCUACUGUGACCGCGUACUCUGGAAGGGGACGCGCAUCGAGCAACUGGCCUACAACAGCAUCAUGGAGAUACGCCAGAGUGACCACAAGCCGGUCUAUGCGGUAUUUCGCGUCAAGAUCAAGACCCGCGACGCCGUCAAAUACAAGCGGGUGCAGGAGGAGGUUCUAAAGGCAGUGGACAAGCGCGAGAAUGACAAUCAGCCGCAGAUAAAUGUGGAGAAGACGGUGAUCGAUUUCGGGAGCGUGCGAUUCAAUGAGCCGGUCACCCAGAACUUUACCGUCUUCAACAAUUGCCCCUUGCCGGUGGACUUUAGCUUCAAGGAGAAGGAUAUUCAUGCCAUCUGUGAGCCCUGGCUCCAUGUCGAUCCCCGUCACGAUUCGCUGCUAAUCGAUUCUGCCCGCAGCAUCCGUUUGAAGAUGCAUGUCAGUGUCCGCACGAUUGCCGGGCUGUUGCGCAAGAUUCGGCAGAGCGAUAACUUUGACAUACUCAUUCUGCACGUGGAAAAUGGGCGAGACAUCUUUAUAACGGUAACGGGGGACUAUCAGCCCAGUUGCUUCGGCCUCUCCAUGGAGACAAUGUGCCGCACGGACCGGCCAUUGGGCGAGUACACGCAGGAGCAGAUCAAGCAGCUGAUAAACGAUGAUUCCCCGGAAUACCGAGUGACCAUGCCCCGGGAGUUCUUUCUGCUGAUCGAUUUUCUGUACAAACAAGGGCCCAAACAGGAGGGCGCCUUCCCCUCAUACGACUCCCGCCAGUCGCUGGGCAGCCAGUUUAACUUGCUGCGCGAUUGGCUGGACAGCUGGUCGGAUGAGCCAUUCCCCGUCAAUGCGGAGACAGCUGCACAGGCGCUCUUGCUGCUGCUCGAUCUGCCCGAGCAGGCGCUGCUGGAGCCGUUUGUCGAGGAUCUGCUGACGUGCAGCAAUAAGUCGCGGGCCAUGGACUACAUCUCGUUGCUGAGUCCGCCCAAGCGUAAUGUCUUCAUGCAUCUGUGCAUGUUUCUGCGCGCGGGCAUCGAAAGCCAGUACUACGAUCUGCAACAAGUUGCCUCUAUUUUUGGCCGCAUUCUGUUGCGCAGCGGUGAGUGCACCGCCUGGAUGGAUUACCACAGCCGCUGCGUCCAGUUUAUGCGUCUGUUCAUCGACAACGAUAUGGAGUCUCUGGGGAAUGGCAAUGAUGGCGCCGGAUCCGGAGAUAGGACCGCCGGGCUGCAGGCAUAGAUCCGCGAGGGAUAGUUGUUGAUAUUUAACUGUACGCAUAGAGUUAGUCUAUUUAUUUUUACUUGUUGGUACUUUGUUGGCACGCCUACAAGUAGGUGCGCGCUCUAGGCAUUUAUAUGUACAUUUCACAUGUUUUUUUUUUACCUGUUAAUUGUUUGCCCGCCUUCCGUUCAUUCCAACUUGGCUUCACAUCCCCGAGCUCACUUUGUUCUUGUUACGACUUUGCAUCACAUGAAAGGAUUGAAAGAUUGAGAUAGAGAGAGAUAGGAAAGGACACCCAGAGCUCACAGAAGCAGGAGGCGCCAACCUAGGCCAAAAUAAUAGAAUUCUGUAAAUAAGCUAUACGAAAUCUGUUCGCGAUGUAUCCUAUGUAUGUACGUCCAGGUUCGUUAAAUCAAUGUUUAGUUGAGCACGAAAUUCGCUUAUUAGUUUAGAUUAAUGCAAGGAUUCCCGCAGGGAAUCGUGUUACCUCGAAGAACUCCGGUUUCAGUUGCAACUGAAAAUAAAUAACAGCGUUACAUACAGUA